CUGCCUGUUGGACAGUCUGCACGGGAUGCGGGACCGAUCAGCGGAGCUGCGGGUCUUUUAGGCUUUCGGGGAUGGUUUUUCGUUUUUUUUUUUAUUUUUUCUUCCUUAAACUAUGAAUUCACUUUCCAUGCCGUCUGCUUUCUAUGAGAGGCUAAGCAGGCCACCGUUUGCGACCCUUUCGGCCGGUGUGAGACCCUGAUGAGCGCGGAGAGGACAGGAUGCCCGCCAGCGGCGCCGACUCGCUGAAGCCCAGCGCCUUCAUCCCGGUGUGCACGGCCGCCUGCCUCCUGGUCGGCUCCACGUCCAUGUUCUUCGUCUUUACAUGCCCGUGGCUGGCUGUGACCAUCUGUCCCGCUGUGCCACCAUGCUGUGCCAUCCUUUUUCUUUGCGUUCUUGCCAACUUCACUAUGACCACCUUCAUGGAUGCCGGGGUUCUCCCUGUAGCUGGCGAGGAUGAAGACAAGGAGGACGAAUUCCGCGCUCCGUUGUACAAAAACGUAGAUGUAAAGGGUGUCCAGGUGAGGAUGAAGUGGUGUGCAUCGUGCCACUUCUACAGACCUCCACGCUGCUCCCACUGCAGCGUCUGUGAUCACUGUGUGGAGGAUUUUGACCAUCACUGUCCAUGGGUGAACAACUGCAUUGGGAGACGAAACUACCGCUACUUCUUUCUAUUUCUCUUGUCUCUCACCGUUCACAUGAUCGCUGUGUUCACCUUUGGCCUCAUUUAUGUCCUGCACCACAUGGAUGAUUUAUGGAAGCUGCAUUGCCUCAUCACUUUAGUAGUGAUCAGUAUAUCAGGCUUGUUUCUGAUACCCGUCCUCGGUCUCACUGGUUUCCACUUGUACCUGGUGUCCAGAGGUCGAACAACUAACGAACAAGUAACUGGCAAGUUCCAAGGAGGAAUAAACCCUUUUACACGCGGUUGUUGUAGCAACAUGCAGUAUCUGGUUUGCAGCCCCAUUUCACCAAAUUACACAUCAAGGCCCUGCAAGAAAACAGCCAUCCAUGUGCAGCCUCCAUUCCUGAGGCCAGAGGUCAACAGGCAGAUGCUGGUGAAAGUCAGGGAUAAUGGGAUACAAAGUCUAGCAAUACAAAAUAAGCAAUCCUCAGCUGGAGCUGUCGAACUGUCAGACAUCAAACAGUUUCAAAAUCCGCCGCCGCUGCCUCCAAAACCAGAUCGCAGUCUGCUGAAAAGCCAACUUGCUGUCAUGGAUGAUGUGGGACAUCACACCAAAUCCAUCAUUCCUGUUUCUAUUCCGACUGUGCCACAGUUACGGCCGGUUCUAGAGGCCAUCUCCAGAGGAUCUUCACCCAUUCCUCCAGAGCAGCUGCUGAAGGCAUCAGAGCAGCAAGGCAACAACAAAGGUCCUGACCUGUGCUCUGACACCAGAGAAAGCCCUGUGAGAGGCAGCCAUCAGGCCAGUGUGUCUGUCCAAACUUCCCUUCAGCCCUGUACAGUCUCCAGCUCUCUGCAACUCAACUCUCUGACGCUCAGCUCUCGCUCCCUCACCCUAAAACACAGCAGCCGCAAUGGCAGCAAAUCCCAGCUUCUUUCAAUGAACCCCGAUGGCCUGGGAUCCAGUUCCCCUGCUGGGAUCAUCACUACUUCCAGUCUGUUGGCCAACCAGUGCGGCAGCAGCGGCAGUGGCAAACCCUCUUAUAACCUCGUCAACCCUGCAGACCCUCACUUCAUGGCCCAAAGAGGGGCUCCUGGAAUCAGCUUUCACUCUCACUUUAUGGCUCUGGGCACAGAUGGUGCUGUGCAGUGUCCACCCCCUCACUCUUACAGUCCUGUUUUUAUGGGAGUCGCCAGACAAUCUCCGCAACCUCGAGAUUCCACCUCAAGAGAUCCCUCACCGUCUUUGCCUGGUUUCCUUCAGAGAGACUCUUCUCCUGCCUAUCAGGGAUUUAUCACAAGAGACCUUCAAUCCCAGAGCAUGACAUCUAGAGCCAUUCCCCCUCCAGGUCUGGUGAUGCGAGAUAUGACUUCUCAAGGUCUUCAAGACAACCUUAGAGAUCUCUAUCCACAUGAUGUGACACUUCCAAUGUCCGCCGCUGCACAUUAUGACAACUUUUCAAAGACAAUCAUGGCUUCUAUCCAGGAGAGACGGGAGCAGGAAGAGAGGGAGAGGAUGCUCCGCCUCAACGCCAGAUCCCAGGUGCUCUACGGCCCAGAUGUUGGGGUCUACGACAUUCCCAGCAGGAGAAGCCUACCGCCAGACAACAUUCGACCUCCAGGUUCACGUGGACCAACGCCACCAGCCUACGGCUCCAGGGAGUUCCUGAUGAGUACAGGCAUUCUGGGAUAUGGCAUGAGGACCUCGGCUCUCUCCAGCUCCUCCACGUCAUCCCUGACCCGUGGUCCGAAAACGUCCAGCACCCCUCUGCAGUGCAGCAGCAGCAGCCUGCAAAGUAAGGGACGCUCUUCGUCCCCCGCCUACUGUCCUCCUGAGAGACACACCCAGGGCCCACCGUCCUCCACAUCCACACUGCCCCGUUUAUCUUCCAGCGCCUAUCCCACACCACCGUACACUUCCUACACCACGACAAAGCGUUCCUCACUCCCUUUCCCCUCUGAGGGGAAGGAGUCUGUCACCAUGGGAGCCCUGAAAUAAAAAUAUAUUCCAGGUAUUCAACGACGCGAGUGAAUCAUCCAUGCAGCGUUAGGCUGUUAUCUCAGCUUCAGAAUCUUUUGUAAAUAGGAGGCCAUUUGGAGCUUUCUUGUGUGGGAGAAUGUGUGGACAACACAAUGCAAACAGGGAUGAACUUGGAAGUGUUGCGACAGAAAAACUGUGAAUCUCAGGAUAUCUGUGCCUCCUACUUAUAGGGAAACAGGAAGCACUAAUGACUAAAUCAAAGCAGAAGAGCUAAAUAACAGAUACAAAUUGAAUAUUAUCUGUUUAUUCGAGUUUGAUAUUGUGAAAAUUUGUCAAACCUUAUCAUCCAAUUUGUCUCAUACCCUUCAGAAAAUUGUUUAAUAUACAUUUUGUAGUUAUUUCUACAAAUAAACUUAUUUUGUAAUUUCA